AUGGGUCUUUUAACCAAAGGUCAAGCUUUAACAUGGAAAGAAACACAGAAACGGGCACAGUAUAUUCGAGAACAUGGCGUUGAACAAUUUAUAAAUAAUUUCAAAAAAGUCAAAGAUCGUCGUAAUGAUUGUUUGAAGUGGGGUGAUGAAGUUGAAUUUAUGAUGGUACGAUUCGAUCAUAAAAACAAAAAAGCACAGUUACUCCUGAAAGCACAUAAAAUUUUACCUAUACUUAUGGAACCAGAAAAUGAAAAUCCAGAUGAUUGUCAAACAUUUUGGCGUCCGGAAUAUGCUGAUUAUAUGAUUGAAGGAACGCCGGGCAAACCUUACGGGCAUUUGCCUUCUCAUUUCAAUCUUGUUGAAGCAAACAUGAAAUUAAGACGGCGGCAGGGACAAGAAUUACUCGAUAAAGAUGAAUAUGUUAUAAGUACAUCUGCAUUUCCCAGGAAUGGUUGUGCCGAAUAUACUUUUCCUACUUAUACGCCGCACCCAACUACAUCAGCAUCAGCCUCUUUAUUUUUUCCUGAUGAGGCUAUAUUUCCUGAACAUCCGAGAUUUCAGACAUUGACAAGAAAUAUUCGAGAACGACGACGCGCAAAAGUGGCUAUUAAUGUACCGAUUUUUAUCGACAAAAAUACGCCAAGACCGUUUAAAGAAGAUCUGUCUGUUUAUGGUGGUGAUAAUGGCGCAAGUGAAGCAGCCUCGUUAAAUGAUUGUAUUUAUAUGGAUGCCAUGGGAUUUGGAAUGGGUUGUUGUUGUCUGCAGGUAACGUUUCAGGCACAAUCGAUUGAAGAAGCACGAUUUCUAUAUGAUCAAUUGACGCCGUUAACACCUAUUAUGCUUGCUCUGAGUGCAGCAUGUCCAAUUUGGCGUGGUUAUCUAGCUGAUGUUGAUUGCCGAUGGAAUAUUUUAUCUGCAGCAACAGAUGAUCGAACAGAAGAAGAAAGAGGCCUUGAACCAUUGAAAAAUAAUUCCUUUCAAAUUCCAAAAUCGCGUUAUUCAUCUAUUGAUUGUUAUAUAUCUCCAGAAAGUGCAAAAUUUAAUGAUAUAGAGGUUGUACAAGAUAAAGAUGCAUUUCAUAGGCUCACAUCAAACGGUAUUGAUCAUUUAUUAGCGCAGCAUAUCGCUCAUCUAUUUAUUCGUGAUACACUUGUACUAUUCGAAGAAAAAAUUGAGUUAAACGAUGAAGAAGAUACAGAACAUUUUGAAAAUAUCAAUUCGACAAAUUGGCAAUCGAUGCGUUUUAAACUUCCACCCGUAAAUAGUAAUAUUGGAUGGCGUGUAGAAUUUCGACCAACUGAAGUCGAUGAAAAUAUGCAGUUUGCUCAACAACGUGAUGCUGUUAAAAAUCAAAAAUUUCAUUUUAGAAAAACAUUAGCAACUGGUCAAACACCUGAAACACCAAGUAUGGCUUCUAUGAAAAAACCAUUAUUUGAUAAUACAGAAAGUGAUUGUGAACAUCGUUUGAUGUCAGUAGAUGAAAUAAUCAAUGGAUCAGAUCAAUUCGUCGGUCUUCUACGUAUUGUCCAAGACUAUCUUAACAAUAUAGAAAUCGAUGCUGAUACACGAUGUACAAUUAAUCAGUAUUUGAAUUUAAUAAACAAACGAGCUGCCGGUACUUUGUUAACAAAUGCUGCAUGGAUGCGUCAGUUUGUCCAGUCUCAUUCGCAAUACAAACAUGAUUCCAUAGUUACAGAGGAAAUUACGUAUGAUUUAUUAUGGAAAAUGCAGAAGAUUAGUGCUGGCGAAGAUGAGUGUCAAUUGGUAUUACCAAGGAUGGCCUCUAAAACAAGUUUGGAUAUUCCGCGUGCUGUUGAACGCGCUGGUAAUGAAUUAGAAACAAAACGUUCGUUAUUACUGAAUCCAACUCAGAAUAAUGAUAAAACGCCAGAAGAUUAA